UAUACCAAUACAAGCUUGAUUAAAUAUAUAAUUACUUUAAAACUACACUAGAAAUUUGAAUAGUGUAUAUAAUGCUGUUCAUUGCCAAGAAUUAGUGCAUCUAGUUUUACCAUUUCUCUCAUUUUCUGUGGUUUCCCAUGCUCAGUGGAGUAAAUAUGAAAUGUCCUGUGUGGCUGUUGGCUCUGGCCGUGCUGUGUGGAAGUGGCUCAGAAGUUAAAGCCCUGUGCUGGGAAACUGCUCAUUGCAGAGAUCUAAUUUCUGACCAAAACAUCCUGGACUGUAUCAAGUUAUGCAAGUCUGAGCUUACAUCAGAGGUUCCUCUCUACCCUGGAGACGGCCACCUCCAGCCUCUCGUGAAACUCGUAGCCAGCGAGAUCCCUGCAGCUCAGCCUGCUACAACCCUCUCCUCUGCACCAGAAGAAGAAGCACCAGAGCCCGGCACACAGCACGAAGACAAGCGCUCCUACUCCAUGGAACACUUCCGCUGGGGCAAGCCCGUGGGCCGCAAGCGCAGACCCAUCAAGGUGUAUUCCAACGGGGUGGAGGAAGAGUCAGACGAGGCUCUGCCGUCCGAGGUGAGGCGUGAACUCAGCACUUGCGAGGUCAACUACCCACCGGUGGAUAACGCCAUUGACCAGCAGGAGAAGAAAGAUGGUUCCUACAAGAUGAAUCACUUCCGAUGGAGCGGCCCACCCGCCAGCAAGCGCUACGGAGGUUUCAUGAAAUCUUGGGAUGAGCGCAGUCAGAAGCCGCUGCUCACGCUCUUCAAAAACAUCAUCAACAAAGAUGCACACCAGAAGAAAGAUCACUAAAAGAAUAAAUAUUAUAUGAUUGAGAAGAGAAAA